AUCAGGUCGUUCAACAUGUAUCGUGUCUUGUUUUUGGCAGUUGUGUUUUUGGCAGUUGUGUUUUUGGCGGGAGCUACGGCUGAUAUCACAGAAGAUUUGAAAAAAUGCGAGAGAGUUAUCCAUCCAAGGUCACACCGGUGCUGCAAGAGGGACCCUCCAGUAAUAUCACCAAAGCCUGACCUUAGCGCUAUCAAGGAAUGUAUGCAGCUGCCAGGGAAACCACCUUCUUGCGAACGUCAUACAUGUAUAGCAAUGAAGCGCGGAAUAGCGACGAGUGACGGUAAGAUCGACAAAGUCGGUCUCCAGAAGAAGCUUGACGAAGACUUCUCAGAUAAUCCAGAGCUGUUGAAGCUGAUGAAGGAGAAGUGCGUCGAUGGAGACAUAUCAAACUAUGGAGAAACCGACAUGUGUGAGCCGCUGAAAUUGAUGAUUUGUAUGGAUUUCCAGUUUGCUGCAUGCAACAUGUAUAGGCUGGUACAUAUCACUUUAGCUGUAAUUCUGAUAAAGAUCUCUGCCGGGGAUCCAGGAGAAAGUUGCUCAAAAGUAAUGACAGAUCCUAAAAAAGCCAUGUCGUGUUGCAAAAUACCGGCAGUGAAUCAGGACCAUAAGGGCAAAAUGGACGAGAAGAAAUUUGGUAACAAGCUCGAGGAAUGCAUGAAGGCGUCUCCAGAGUCUGAAGAGAAAGAAUGCUCAGAACGAGAUAAGUGCGUUGCCAAAGUCAUGGGCCUGACCAAAGACAAUGGCGAUGCUGACAUGGACGCCAUUAAAACGAUGUACGAAGAAAAUGUAAAAGAUAGGAUGGAUCCGAUACUUUAUGAAAAGACCAAGACGAACUGUAUAGAUCACAAGCCAAAAAGCGAGGAGAUGUGUUAUUUCAAGUAUUUGGAAGUUUGUGCUCAAAUGUAUUUCAUUAUGGGUUGCAAAGAAUGGAGUGAUGAAGAUUCUUGCAAAGAAAUAACGGACCACGCCCACGAAUGUGCGAAACAGAUCUAGAUACUACUAGGCUUGUUUUUUGACGUUAUCAGUUCGUCAGCGAUUAAUAGACAUUUAUUAGCGUGUA